CUGUGGUUUUAAAUGUCCGACCACCAGAGGACGCAGCGGGACAGAUCGACCCCUCCCCGUCGUCCUCUUUGUCUCUGUGUGCGCCCUGAUAGACUCGUGACCAGUCCGCGGUGGAUCCCGUCUCCCGUCUCCCGUCCCAUGUCAGCUGCGAUUGACUCCGGCCCCCCGCGGUCCUGCAUGACGGAUAAGCGGCUUUACAGAUGGAUGGUUACCAGGACGAUGCGUCUCGCGCUCCAGUGUGUCCAUCCAUCGACGUAAUAGAUUUCGUCCGCCAGCAUCAGUUUCUGAUGAGGAAAUGACGCCUUCAUCGCGGGUGUGACCACAUUGAGCGUAACGGGGCCUGAUCAUGGGAUGCAGGAGGCCACCAUGUGCCGAUAUCUGUCCAAAUAUGCCUUCAUCUUCCUCUUCCUAGCCCUGUCUGGCCUCAUCUUCCUGCUCUGCAACAUCCACACUGUGGAGAACUGGAACUGCCACACUAUCUCCGCCCUCUAUCAGCUCCAGAGCCGGAUCCAGUCAUCCUUUGUGGAUCUCCCCACUUUCCAUCACAACCGCACCUUCUGUGCCCAACUGGGCCAGAAACCCUUUCCCGAAGAUGAACUGGAAGAGCGAUACCUGUUGGAGUCCAUCGCCUGGCCUGAGCCCCGGCCCGGCUCCGCGACACCCGCCCUGCACCAGACCAGCGACCCGGCGCACAGCCUGUUCGCCAUCCUCCCCACUAAGGGACGGAGGGAGUGGCACGUGGGCGACGAGCUGGAGGCCCUCGUCCAAAUGCACGACUUCCUGGGUCGCCCGAAGCUCUACGGCGGGGAUUUCCUCUUGGCCAGACUGCACUCUCCGGAGCUCAGGGCGGGUGUAGCGGGCAAAGUGGUGGACCACAGGAACGGCUUUUAUUCCGCCAUGUUCCCUCUCCCCUGGGCGGGGUCGGCGCAGGUUGAGGUCACCUUGGUGCACUCCAGCGAGGCGGUUUCAGUCUUGCGCCGGUUGAGGGAGGAACGACCAGAUCGAGUGUUUUUCAAGAGUCUGUUCCGCCUGGGCUCCCUGUCUGAGUCGACCGUGUGCAACAUGUGCCUGCCCUCCGACCAACAUCCCCUGUGCAACUACACGGACCUUCACACAGGGGAGCCCUGGUACUGCUACAAGCCCAAGCUGCUCAGCUGUGACACCAGAAUCAACCACGCCAAAGGAGGCUACCUGAAGCACAUCAUCACCGCCAAAGAAGCAUUGCUCUUCCAGAGCGGUGUAAACAUUAAAGUUCAUGUACACGCCUCAGGACCCGACAGAAUCAACGUGCUGCCUCCCAGGAAAGAAGUAGAGGUUGAAAACAGCAGCAAGAACCCAGAGCCCGGUAAGCUGGCGCCGUCUGGAUAUUUCUACAAAGACUCGUGGAGGCCGUUGGGCGACGUGACGAUGCGCCAGUUCAACGAAUUAUCUGCCAUCACUCAGUGUUUGAAGAACAAGGUGGUCAACAUGUACGGAGACUCCACCGUCAGGCAGUGGUUCGAGUACCUUGUUGCUUUGGUACCAGGGUUAAAGGAGUUCAACCUGCACAGUCCUAAAAACGUCGGGCCUUUCAUGGCGGUGGACAGCACCCAUAACAUUCUGUUGAAGUACCGCUGCCACGGCCCGCCCAUCCGCUUCUCCACCGUCCUGUCCAGCGAGCUGCGCUACGUCUCCAACGAGCUGGACGGCCUCUCCGGGGGCCCCGACACCGUGGUGGUCCUCAGCAUCUGGGCGCACUUCAGCACUUUUCCGGUGGAGGUGUACAUCCGGCGGCUGCGUCACAUCCGGCGCGCGCUGGUGAGGCUGCUGGACCGAGCGCCGGGGACCGUCGUCGUGAUUCGCUCGGGGAACCUCCAGGCCCUGGACCAAGAGGUGAGCCUGUUCAACAGCGACUGGUACUCCCUGCAGCUGGACGAGGUGCUCCGGUCCAUGUUCAAGGGAAUGAACGUGCUGCUGGUGGACGCCUGGCAAAUGAGCGUGGCGCACCACCUUCCUCACGCUCUCCAUCCACCCGAAGUCAUCGUCAAGAACAUGAUCGACAUGCUUUUGUCUUACGUUUGUCCGUAGAAGAAGAGGAGCUGAGAGAGAGGGACAAUAGUGGGACUUUGUUGCCCGAAGCUGUGUUCCCCAAAGCUGAACACCCUUAGAUGCUACUGAGUGACUCUCCUGGCUGACAGGACCGAUCUCUGUUGACUUGCUUGUUAUAUUUACUAUUGUUUUGUUUUUUAAAUGCCAAAGACUUCCCAUCUGCUCUGGUUUGGUGCCAGAGUGUUCUGUUUCUGUGUGCAGGAGUUUCGCAAAUUUGGAGUCCGUAUUCUUUCAAGGUUGUAGCUUGAACUUCAUACGUAUUUGUUUGUUAGUGUUGAAAAAGACUCAGUGGGUUCUUCUUUUCAAGAUUUUCCUCAGGCUGUUAAAAAUGUUUUCAUGUUGCAUGUCAGGCGAUUUAAAUGAAAUCCACGGCUUUCUGUGAUUACCUGUUCUGCAACCGACAACAUACUUGAAGUACAUUGAUAAAUCUCAUCUAUAUAUGUCCCCAAUUUGGUCUAUAGGUGUAAAAGGUAUUUUAGUUGUUUACAGUACACAACAUGCAGUGGUAAAAUGCCUUUACUAAAAUCACUUUCACCCAGUUUUUGGGUGAUCCUUCAAAACCAUAGUUCCACUUAUUGGGGACAAUCUUUUCACCUUUUUAUAUCCUCAUCUGUGACUUUUAAUAGAUUUCUAACAUCAGCUCCAUUACACAAAUGCUUCUUAUUUCUAAUACGCGCAUGCUGCUUGCUGUCACAUGUUCAUCGUAGAUCCAAUGUAUUCUUUUCUUAUUGUUAAUGAGCAAGAAGACAUAUCCAUAUAUAAUUCUGUAUAUGGGGGAAUGAUAUUUAUGUCAAAAUCACAAAAUGGUGAUGUAUCUUUCAUCAUGCCUUCCUGAUUAAACUCCUUGGUGCAGUACAAUAAACUUGUUAAAUUGAAAACUA